AUGGAGGUUACUAAGAGUUGUGAAAAUGAAGCUAUGAUGAUGGUACCAACAAGAGCGAGUUCAAGACUCCAAAAUCUCUCUAAGAUUCAAUAUAACAUUUACAACAGCAGCGGCGACAAAGUUUUUGGCCAACAUGUUGAAAAGACUGAACUUGAAAGUUCAAAGGAAAGUUUGGCGACAAUAACAAAGGUUCGUUCACAACAUCAAAAUCGAAACAAAAUUCCAGAUGAUAUUUCCCAUAAGAGAGGUAUGGUCAGUUUUGAAGACAAUGCUGAAAAGACUGAACUUGGAAGUAAAGAGGAAAGUUUGGUGUCAACAACAAAGGUUUGUUCACAACUUCAAAAUCGAAACGAAAUUCCAGAUGAUAUUUCCCAUAAGAGAGGUAUGGUUAGUCUUGAAGACAAUGUUGUUGAGAAGAGAACCAAGAUCAACUCUUUGAGAAGAAAACCUUGCUCUCGUUCAAGAUCAACAAGUAAUGAUUCACUUGUCUUUGAUGGACUUGACUUUAGGGGCAUUUUGUCCUUGAGAGAAACAUCUAGGCUUGCCAAUCUUCGUUGCCUUGCUAAGGUAGAGAAAAAUGGCAUUGAUAAUGAAUACGUUCCAGGAAUUACUACUUCGAAGUAUCUGAUAAAUAAGCUUCGGGAACUUGCUAAAGUGGGAACAUACAAGGUUCAUUUAAUGGAAGGACAAGUCUCUAAAGCUCUUUCUUCCUCUCCAAGUUUGGUAUGCAAGGACAUUAGCAAUGGACAAGAAGCUAUCAGCAUUAUUGCAACCAAUGAUUUUGAUGAUCCUCCAGUUGCACCAACAGGUUUUGAAUACAUUACAUCAAAUAAAGUUUCACCAAGCAUUGAAGUUCCAUCUAAUGCUGCGGGAUGCAAUUGCAAGGGAAGUUGUAGAACCAAAAGAUGUUCUUGUGCUAAUCAUAAUGGCUCGGAGUUUUCAUACAAUAACAUUGGCAGAUUGAUCGAGCCUCUUGACAUCGUGGUUGAAUGUGGGCCGCAAUGUGGAUGCGGACCUAAAUGUGGAAACAAGAUUUCUCAACAGGGAUUAAGUUACCGCCUUGAGGUUUAUCGUACUGCCAAGAAAGGUUGGGCGGUAAGAACAUGGGACUUUAUCCCAUCAGGUGCACCCGUUGUCGAAUAUAUUGGUGUACUUAGUAGAGACGAUGAGCUAGGAAGUGCCAACGGAAAUGAUUAUAUAUUCGAUAUUGAUUGUUUGCACACAAUCAAUAGUGUAGAUGGAAGAGAGAGACGGUUGGGUAAUGUACCAUUACCUAUAAACAAUUUAUCUGAAAAAAAGGACGAGUUAAUGGAAAAAGAUCCUGAAUAUUGCAUAGAUGCUGGUUCUUUUGGUAAUGUUUCAAGAUUCAUCAACCAUGGAUGUGAACCAAAUCUCUUUGUACAAUGUGUUCUCAGCUGCCACAGAGAUCCUAGACUAGCUCGUGUGGUGCUAUUUGCAGCAGAAGACAUACCUCCUUAUCAGGAACUCACCUAUGACUAUGGUUACACACUCGAUAGUGUGUCUGGUUCUGAUGGAAAAAUCAAACAGCUUCAAUGUCAUUGUGGUGCAAAGGAAUGUCGUAAGCGUUUGUACUAG